AGGGGUGGGUCUAUCUUUCUAUCUCGCUUUCUUCCCCCCUCCCCAGCUCUUUGUUCCCCCUCCCCCCACACCCCCUCCUCUCCUCUCCCCUCCCCUCCUCUCUCCUCUUCUCCCUUCCACCACCUCUCUCUCUCUCUCCCUCUCUCUCUCUCUCCCCCAGCUUUUGUUUCGCCAUGCCUAGUCUAGUGGUAUCUGGAAUAAUGGAAAGAAAUGGGGGCUUUGGAGAACUAGGAUGUUUCGGGGGAAGCGCUAAGGACCGAGGGCUGCUGGAAGACGAGCGCGCCCUUCAGCUGGCUCUUGAUCAACUCUGCCUCCUGGGUUUGGGGGCCCCCCCCCCCACGGCAGGCGAGGACAGGGGAGGUGGGGGGCGCCCCCGCGCAGCCGGCCGCCCCCAGCCAGCCCCCCGCCGCCCCUGCGGCGGCCCAGCCGCCCUGAGCGCGGCCCCCGCGGCGCAGACGCCCCAGCCCCCCAGCCCCAAAGGGGCGAACGACGCCAAGCUCUGCGCGCUCUACAAAGAGGCCGAGCUGCGCCUGAAGGGCAGCAGCAACACUACGGAGUGCGUUCCCGUGCCCACCUCCGAGCACGUGGCCGAGAUCGUGGGCAGGCAAGGCUGCAAGAUUAAGGCACUGAGAGCCAAGACCAACACCUACAUCAAGACACCUGUGCGAGGUGAGGAGCCCGUGUUCAUGGUCACUGGGAGGCGGGAAGAUGUAGCCACAGCCCGGCGGGAGAUCAUCUCAGCAGCUGAGCAUUUCUCCAUGAUAAGAGCCUCACGCAACAAGUCUGGCGCCGCCUUUGGGGUGGCCCCUGCUCUGCCAGGCCAAGUGACCAUCCGUGUAAGAGUGCCCUACCGCGUGGUAGGACUGGUGGUGGGUCCCAAGGGAGCGACCAUCAAACGCAUCCAGCAGCAGACCAACACAUACAUCAUCACUCCAAGCCGGGACCGCGACCCCGUGUUUGAGAUCACCGGCGCCCCGGGCAACGUGGAGCGAGCGCGGGAGGAGAUCGAGACGCACAUCGCUGUGCGCACCGGCAAGAUUCUUGAGUACAACAGCGACGGCGACUUCCUGGCUGGCAGCCCUGACGCUGCUCUGGACAGCCGCUACUCAGACGCCUGGCGGGUGCAUGCGCCAGGCUGUAAGCCGCUCUCCACCUUCCGGCAAAACAGCCUGGGCUGCAUAGGCGAGUGCGGUGUGGACUCGGCCUUUGAGGCCCCGCGCCUAGGCGAGCAGGGCGGUGACUUCGGCUACGGCGGAUAUCUGUUUCCGGGCUAUGGCGUGGGCAAGCAGGACGUGUACUAUGGCGUGGCGGAGACAAGCCCCCCGCUGUGGGCGGGCCAAGAGAACGCCACGCCCACCUCGGUGCUCUUCUCCUCUGCUUCCUCCUCCUCUUCUUCAGCCAAGGCACGAGCGGGUCCCCCAGGCGCACACCGCUCUCCCGCCACCUCUGCGGGGCCAGAGCAGCUGGCUGGGCUCCCUCGGAGGCCGCCCGGAGAACCACUGCAGGGUUUCUCUAAACUGGGGGCAGGCGGGCUUCGGAGCCCUGGCGGUGGGCGGGACUGCAUGGUGUGCUUUGAGAGUGAAGUGACAGCAGCCCUGGUACCCUGUGGACACAACCUUUUCUGCAUGGAGUGUGCAGUACGCAUCUGCGAGAGGACGGACCCAGAGUGUCCUGUCUGCCACAUCACCGCCACACAAGCCAUCCGAAUAUUUUCCUAAGCUUUUUGUCCCUGGUCUCCCAGGCCCGCACCCUGGGGUGCCGCCCUGAACCUGUAGGGCCUUUUGAAACAUCAGUGACUACAGGGCAAGGUGCUUGGAAAUAUUCAC